UGGUGCAUUAGCCAAGUCACCGGCUUCUCAGUGUGAUACCUACAUUUGGUUUAGUACAGAAACGCUAAUGUGACAAAAUGUGCCGGAAAUUUCCGGUUUAUUGAUGGGGUACGCCUAGCAAGCCGGCCAGUUAGAAAUAAAAAAGAUCUUUUGUUUGUUUGUAAACAGUGGUUUAUCAUGGCAUUUCGCGACACAUCGAUUCUGUGGAAGGUUGCUAUUUGUAUUCAAGCUCUAGGUCUUUUGCUGACCAUCAUAGGAUUCUCCACCAACUACCUCGUUUUGAUAGAAAUUGGAGGCAAAACGGCCAACGCUGGUCUAUGGAAAUUCUGUGACAUGAACGACAAAUGCUACGACACCAGCUAUUUGAAGUAUCAAAAAUACGACAUGGGGUGGCUGGAUGCCAGUAAAGGGUUAAUGGCCAUCUCUCUGUGCGCUGAGUUCGUCACAAUAUUGAUGACGUCAUUGUCCCUGCUAAUGAAGCCCACAAAACUCGUGCCAUUCGCCACAGCGGCGACGGCAUUUUUUUCUGCUUUAGCUGGCAUCAUUGGUGUGGCUGUGGCGACAGGUGAACUGAAGAGCAUCUUCACGGAAAUCUCCAAGCUCACCUACGACGUCGGUUGGUCAUUCGUACUGUUCAUGGUCAGUCAGGCGGUGUACAUAGCCUCAGGGUCGAUCCACCUGUUGGACUCCCGGGGCAUGGAGGGAUUCAGGGCAGGGAGGGGCACGGCGCAGGGGGACGCAAGUAACAGGGAUAGAUUUUGAGAAGGUAGUCGACAAAAGAGAGAGAGAGAAAAGAGGAAAAACGUGUAGAUGUGAAAUGCGGAGCGGGAAUUAUCUGCAAUAAUGUAUAUAGUGUACAAAAUGCGAAUAAUGGUGCGAAAACUGCCAUUAAGUAGAACAGAAAUACGUUGCUCAAAAUUAAUUAGAGUUCAUAUGCAAAUAAGGAGGGGAAAACGCAUUGAUGGUUGAGUUCAAAGAGAUGAAUAUUAAGAGGUUAAAUUAUAUUCCACAAAAGAAAAAGUAAAGAUUCCUUUUUAGACCAAGCGAUCCAUUGGGCAGAUGAUCUGGAGUUCAUGUUUCUUGACCUCGGCAUAUGAAAGGAUAGUGUUGUCAGCACUAUGUUCAACAGCCUUUACUUACCCUAACGUGAGUUAGGUACACAUCAGAGGUAUGUGGACUCAGAAACGUUCCACUUAACGAAAUCCGGAUUCGAACUCGAGACUUUCGAGCUAGCAGUCUAUUUAAAGAUAACCAAAAAUAGCGUUAGGACUGGACCUACAAACUCAUUUAGGUUUUUUAAUCCUACAAGGAAGUUUACAAAUAAGCAAGUUUUUAAGUAGCUUCAUUUCUAGCAAACUCUAAAUGGUAAAUCUAUACACUGUGUUUAAUAUUCACUAUGGUUAUUUGUUUCUAUUCGGUUGAAUGAUUUAUUUUUGUCGAUCUAAAAAGUAAUACGAGCUGUUGAAUGAUUAUCCUAUUUAUAUGAGCGAAACUGCGAAAAACUUGUAAUGUAUUUUUGUUUAUCAAAGAUUGAUUUGUUACUGUUUGCUAAUGUCAAAACGCAUCUUCGAAAACGCACAGUAAACUUUAAUAAUCAAAAUGUUUUGAAUAUACGAAUCCAUCACAAAUUUUUGUUUCUAUGUGACGUGUAUAACAACUCAUAUGUUUGUGCAAUAGAAUAGCUAUAAAUAAAAGCUAUGUUCUCGAUAUAAUCUAUUGAAUACCUUUACUCAAAUUUGAGAAGAGAAGCGGCACAUGCUUUUUUAAUAGUUAUUUAAAUAGUAG